ACUUUCGGCGCGCGUGAGUACGAGAAGAGUAGGGAGAGUACGCUCUCGCGAGGGGGGGGUUGAGAGCUUGUUUGUGGGCAGGAGCUGAGCGCACGCUUCUUCAACACAUCCGCUUGGGAUAGAGGAAGACCACCGAUAUAAACAAACCGCGUGUAUUUUGCGUUUUCAUAUGCGCGUUCACGUACAACCACGAGCGAAGUGCAUACAGCGUGCCAGGUGCUGAUGGAGAAGCGGAUGCGGGAAUGAGCGUCGAUCAUCGCUGAGUUCAGUACAGCAUCACUCUAAUGACGCUGUUGAACUCCUUCCUGUGCGGUGAGGGGAAUUUUUAAUGAGGAGUAUCGUCUUAUAUCGAUUCAGAAAUAGGAAUAUAUUAUAAUUUUCGGACUGUUUAUAAACACGCUUAUUUGUCUGUGUUGUUAGUAAACGGUUUUAAUCGACGUUGUGGAAUAUGGACGAUCAUUCUGGUUUCUCUGGCUUGUUUUAGUAACAUAGCGGUUUUCUCACGAGCAUACCUUUAGUGUUUCGUAGUUUAUUAUAUUAUAUAGUCGUAAAUACGUGUAUAGUGUAAGUCUGUGUUUAUUAAAUGUGUUAAAUAAAAGUUUACGUUGACCGUGAACCCCUCUGAAGAUCUGGGACACUUGACGUUGACCUCAUGGAUCGACUCGGCUGAUUUCACUGAACAGGUUUCUCCUUCCUAUGUUCUGCUGUUUGCUGAUGGAACAGAAGGUUCUCAGUAAGUCCCCCAUGGUGUCCAGACUGCCAAAAUUUGGUGCCCGUCCCGUCAAUGGUACCCCCUCUCCCCUUCCCAAUGGUACGACCCAGAGCGUGGCGUUACAAGAAGUCAAGAGUCCCCCGGCCAAGCCAAAUGGAGUUGUCCGAGCCUCUUCUUUUUCCCUAAAAUGGAGAAAGGAGGGGGGUGGGACAGUAGACCCCGCAAGCCCCGAUGAGAGUCAUCCGAAAGACGUUCGCUCCCCACAUUCGCCUGGGAACAAGGAGUUAAAAAGCCCUUGCUCAACCAAAACAUGCAGGUCUGCUUCCUCACUCUCUGCUGGAAGCCCCAAACCCACCCCAAAUCCAGUAAAAUCUUCUAAAUCCAACCCGAUUCCUAAACAAAAGCCCAAAACCUCUCAGAUCAUAACAACCAGCAACGGUCAGGACGUAAACCAUAAAAACUCGAGCUCCAAGCCGUCUCAAAAUGGGCAGGCACUUUCUUCAGGGCUCCCGCGACCAAGGGCCAACUCAGGCUCUCAUGGAAGCAGCUCAAGGGACAGCCUAUCACAAUCCAAUGAUAGCUUGUCACGACAGUCUAACGUGCAUGAAUAUAUGGUACGUUCUCAGAGCUUCACCCAUUUCAAGCAGCUACCCUCACCGACCAACGUGCCCAUGACGCGCUCCUUCUCUUUCAACAAAUCUGUAGAGCUGGCCAAACCUUUGGGUAAUACACAGCUACGUCCUCCUCAAAUGCAUGGCCUUAAAUUCCCCCAAAGCCUUGGCAGGGGCCGACUGGCGCUCGGUUUGGGGGGCUUGCGGUUUAGACCAGGGCUGUCAGACCAGGUUCCUGGUGCAUCUUCUCCUUUGGACAGCUUAACGCCUCCUAGUACCAUAAAGAGACCCCUUCUACCUAACUCUGUGUUGACAAAGCCCACAUUACAGACUCACAGGUUUAAUCGAUCAAUUGCUGCCAAAUCGCAGUGCCCUCUGGUGGUUGGGAGGGCACCUGUAGAAAAUGAUGUCAUAACCCCACCUCCCACUCCGGAGCUGCAUCGCUGUGCCUUGAAGGGUGCAUCCAAGACCACAGAUUCCCCAGAGGAGCCCUUGACAAGGCAGGAGAUCGAUGGGAACCUCGGUUACACUGGGGAGGGCCCAGAGGACAUGUCUCUCUCCUCUGCAUCCUCUCUGGAAAGAAAUGACACCAGUGAUGAGUUCCUAGAUGACUUCGAGAACCCAGUGGAACGAUUACAGAACGGCAUCCCACAUAACAAAAGUCCCGUGUCCACUUCCAACCAGACACGCCUUCAAAGUUUCCUAGAUGACACUAUUGGUCAAGGAGGUGGUAAGGCAGAUCUGAGGGCUGCACCACCCUGUGAAACUCUGAUAAUGUCCCCCGAUGUGGACCGGCAUGGGGGUCCCUCAUCUCUAGAGCUGUCACCCUCAAACAGCUCUGGAGGAACGUACAUGUGGGAUGAGGAAGGGAUGGAGCCGCUGGGACAGAACACACACAUGCGCCAUUGCAGUAGCUUUGAGUCAGAUCUGAACAGCAUUGACAUUCUGAACAACUUGGAUAACACUGGGUCAUGUGACCUGGAGGAAGAGGACCUCAUGCUUGAUGUGGAUCUGCCAGAGGAUGGGGCAUUGCGCAGCGAUGGAAUGGCCCACUUUGAGCGCUCUGAGAGGGGCGGCCGGCCGGCUCAAUGGAGACGAAGACAGCACAGAUGGAGUGGAUCAGAUCAUCCUCACAAUGACAGGCUGGCAGGAUUGCAUUACGACGGGUUUCGUACGGCCCAACGCACUCUCCCUCCCGCAAUUCAGCACGAUGACCACACGGUGGCGCUAGACUCGCUUGUUCUCAAACACAUGGCGGACGACUGCACCUCUGUCAAAUCACAGCUGUUGAAACUCAAGAGUCUUCUGCAGAUGGAUGAUGGCGAGAUAACACCAGAGAGUUUGGAGACCAGCGAAGAUGACAGCAAAGUUCAGCAGAUGGAGGAGAUGAUGAAGGAGGUGGCAAAUCUCAGGGAAGAGCUGAAAAAGAAAGAUAAAAUCAUCACUCAGCUCACGCAACGGCAACAAGAAUCUCCAAUGAGAUGUCACUGUCAUCAGCAAAAGUGUGGGAUCAAAGGUGAGAGAAGAACACAUCAUGAUAAAUCCACUCAGACGGGGUGGCGGCCGCCCCAUCAUCAUCACGCUCCUCAAAUACUUCAGCCCAUCAACCGCAACCCCGACUCCCUCAUCCAGGGAAGAGUAACAAGAACAGUCCCCACCGGGGUCCGCAGUGAUGCCAGGGAGGGGUCUCCUGCUUUUCCGAGCACUACUGGAGUACCUCGCGAGGAGUCGAGAUCCCUGCCCGACCCAGAGGAGUUGAGCCUGUUGCUUAGCACCCACCUUCGCAUCCAAGACAACCACGAGUGUGACUCACAAAUCGUGAGACCGAUCCCAAAUAAAGUCUUGCGAACAUCAACACCAUCAUUCUCCAGCCCUCUUUUCCUGCAGCGUCCUCGCCUGCACAAACGGGUUACCGUCCCUGCUCUGCCCGUAGGGGGCAGUAGUGAGGCAAGGCCUGGACCCACAAUGAACCACAAUGCUAAAGCGCUCCCUCCUCCAACCAGAGGUUUACCGUGCAUCAGUUCAGGGACUCACAGAGAGACUCGUGGCCUGUCGUUUAAGCCUUGGCCACCAGUGGUUAAGACGGAGACGGUCCCCAAUGAAGGAGUGUCUGAAGCUUCAGGUGUGCUCAGUGUCUUGCAAAGCCAAAGAUCCACUGAGCAUAAGAUGAAGCCAUAGACACAGAUUAGGCUACCUCCCUAAAUGCAUGCAGCUUGCACAAGCAGACUCUUAAAACUUUAAAGCUAACAAAGCUAUUGCGUCUAACUAUGCAACAAAACUCCCGUAUGUCACAAUCAGUGCUUCUGUUGCACAAAAUUUAAGCUAAUAAGUUUUAGUUAAAGAUCGUCAUCUGUCAUUCCAAACCACUAACAUUUAUAGGCAUUCGUUGUUAUUCCUAAUGGAUUAAAGGAUUUGAUUGACGAUAUUUAUGAAUAUUGGAAAUUCGCUAAGGAUUUUUAUUUGAUAUCUAUUUGUAAUUGACAUAAACUGUCUGUUGAGCUCAUUCGAGACGCUCGGUGUCUUGAUAUUUCCCCAUGUGGCGUGUCCUGUGGACACCUGCGGAGAUUUGGCUCUCACAUGUAUGGGUGUUUGUGACAUUUACAUCACCAAUCUCCUGCAGCUUUGCUGAGAAGUGCUUAUUUUUUUCGAUGUGCCGUCCAGGGGCUUUACUGAAGGAUAAAAAGAUUCAGUGUAUCACAUCACUCAAUUCACAGCUGUCCUUAAGUUACCACGGUGAGUCGCUUGUUCACUUUAUUUUCUGAAUUUACUGCAUAAAAAACAAAGCAAACAUCCAGGUUGCAAAAUGCGUUUUUGUCCUGACGUCUUUCUCAUCUUUUUACCUAUACGUGGUGUUUAUGCAAGCGGGUGCUUGUGGUUUUAUUAGGGCUUCAGUUAUGAUCAACAGAUUUUCAUUUUAAUUAGAUUCAUGCCUCCCGCAUUAAUGAAGUACUUUUUCUUGAUUAUGAAUCGUGUGGAAAGGCGCAUUUUUUUUCUUGUUAGUUGCAUACCAAAUUACGUAAUGAUGCUUUUUAAUUAUUUAAACAUUAUAAUAAUGUUUACGGUUUAAAUGCAUUUACGAAGCUGCUCCCUUUGCGCCGAUGCUGCAGGAUUUAUUUACUGAAAGAAAGAUUUUCUGCCUUGAUUUUGGCAAUGCAAAGAAACUUAAACGCACAGUUAAGUACAGACUUGAGCAAAUACUAAUAUUUUUCAGAAAAUAUUUGGGAAUUGGUUUGACCACACAGACCAAACAGUAUACAGGUAUGUUUGGCUUUGCAAUACAGUUAUUAUAUUCAUUGUUGUUGAUGGGGAAGUAUUAGGUAAAGAUUUAGUUUAGGAUUUAAUUUUGAGACUAACCGGACUGAUCACAGUCAUCUUCAAAUUUGUUGUUCUGCAAAUCUUUACUGUUACAGUAUUUCAUUUGAUCUGGGAUUAUAGUCAUCGCUCUUGGUUUCAUUUAAUGAAAAGAUUUCACUUUCAGGUUUUCAGAAAUAUUUCAGAUUUUAAUGUACCGCAUGGUCAGAAGUUUAAGGUUUUGUGCUCGUUGCAUGCCUUGAUUAUAUUAACUUAUUAUGAAAACACAUACUGUACCACUGUACUCGCAUUGCAAUGCAAAAAUAUACAGCGGGAUCUACCGCAUGGAGAAACGCAUACAGUAUUGUGCAAAAGUCGUAGGCCAGCACCAGCUUUGUUUUUUUUUGUUUUUUUGGGCCAUUUUGCCUUUAUUGAUAGACAGUAGAUUUUAGAGACGACAGGAAAGUAGAGGGUGGAGAGAGGUGUAUGGGAUCGUCAAAGGACCUCGAGCCAGGAUUCGAACUCAGGUCGCCGGAAGUGUGUUUGCACCAUAUGUCGGAGCGCUGCCCACUACACCAUUAGCUCCGACACAGCUUUGUUUUAAGUUUGAAUAAUCAUCCAUAUUUUUCGAUCUCUUUAUUAAAAUACAAACAGAAAGUACAGGAAUAUGUACACAACAUGUAAAAAAUGCAAUUUUCAGAACUAAAUGGCAGCUAAAAGUGACUAAAAGUAAGUACUUAUUGUUGACCUCUCUUGGCACUAAACACAUCUUGAACUCUUUGGAGGAGACUGAAGUCCUGAAGUCGAUUUCAAUUAUUUAAAGUCGAUUUUUCGAACAUAUUCGAUUAGAACUAGGAUUUAAUUUCAUUUAGGUUUAAGAGAUCCUGCAGGUUCUUGUUAUUGCCAGCCCAGUCUCAAGAAAUUUCGUUAUAUAGUCAUGUAAUUUUUUGAUUCUUUUCGUGAUAUUAUCACAACUUUCCGUGUUUUUCGUGAUCGUAUAACAAAUUCCUGUUUUCGUGUGAUUAUCACGUAUUGGUUACUCAACUGCUUUUUCCUAUUUUUAAACAAUUGUCGCUUCGGUUUAGGGUUAGAUUUACAUAAAAUGACAUCCCUACCCAAACCCAACUCUAACCCUAACGCCAGGUGACAUAUAAAAAAGUAAAUCAGAAAAAAUUAGUAUGAACCAUAUAUAAGUGACAUUCUAAUGCAAGCACCAAAUCAGGAAUUCGUUAUACGAUCACGAAAAAACGCGGAAAUUCGUGAUAAUAUCACGAAAAAUGAAUAAAACAAUUACGUGACUAUAUAACGAAACCUUGUGAGACUGGGUAGUUAUUGCUCAAGUGUAAGAGGAGCUCAUACUAAACACUUCACACUUCAAUUUGUAUUUAUUUAUUUAAUUUCUUGUAUUUUCUGGUUGUAUUCUAAUAAAGAGACUGAGAAGUAAUUAUGUGUGGUCAAUAUAGCAGUGCAAAAACAACAAAUCUGAUGGUGGCUUAAGAUUUUUGCACAAUACCUAUCCAUACUAUAAUUUUAAAUAUUGCAAGAAGCCACCCCUGUGCAUUUAAAGGAUUACUCCACUUUAAUAAAAAAAAUCCUGAUAAUUUACGCACCCCGUGUCAUCCGAGAUGUUUGUUUUCUUUGUUCAGUCAAGAUGAAAUACGUUUUUUAUAAUAUGUUAUUAUGUAGCUUACUAUUCAAUUACACACACAGCAGUAUUAUUUUUUUCCUGUCCAACUAGCUUAUAUAACAUGGACUACCCAUUCAAAAGUUUUAGGAUCACUUUCACUUAUUCAUAUUUUUCCACAUAUAAUAGAAAAUUUAUUAAAACUGAAAUAACAAAGAACAUAAUGAAGUCAAUACUAUGACUGAAAAAACAAUCCAAAAUAAAUCAAAACAGAAACGCUUACUGGUGAUAAUUUUUAUAAUAGUUUAUAAAUGUAUACAGAAAUGUAAUAUGUUAGUUCAGUGCAAGGUUAUAAUAGGUCUUAGUUAAGAUAAGGUUAAGAAAAGAUUUACUUACUUUUAUAAAGUAAUAUAUAUUAAAAAGAUAAAACCACUGCUCAUAUAUUUUCAAGUAUUAUUAUACAUUAAAUAAUAGAAAUUAAACAUGACAUUUACAGAAAUAUUGUACUUUUUUGAACGUUAAAAUAGCACUGCGGCCCCCCGAUGAAAUGUCUGUCUUAGAAAUGGCCCCAAGCCAGUUUGAGUUUGAGACCCCUGCUUUAAACCAUAACUUCUCAUCUUGCACUAGCCGUGUGAUGUGCCAGCGUGACCUUACGUACACUGAAAAAAAUAUUCAUUGAAUUUAAUCAAUUUUUUUAAGGUAAGUGGUUGCAAUCAAUUUAUUUAAGCUCCAUUUAAGCAAAAAAGAUUAGUAACGUAAAAUAAAAUAUAAAACUUUUGUUUACAUGUAGCUUAAAUAAAUUGAUUUAUUAAAUUCAAUGAAUACUUUUCUUCAGUGUAUUAUGCAAUCAUGUUGAAAGGUCACACAUGAAGUAUGCAAAACCACACCUAUAAAAUGUACAAGUGUGGAGAAAGAGUAGCGUUGUUGUGGAAUGAUACUAUUUAAAGGGAUAGUUCACCCAAAAAUGAAAAUAAUGUCAUUAACUCUUUCGCCGCCAGCAUUUUUAAAAAAAAGUUGCCAGCCAGCGCCAGCGUUUUCAUGAUUUUCACAAAAGUUUAAUGCCUUCCAGAAAAUGUUCUUCUUUAAAUAUAUAAACAUACAAUAUACAAAAUGAAGGAACAGACCCUCUGUUUUCAAACAAAAAAAAACGUUUCAUCCUACCUUGAGUAGUUCUUGUGUAAUCAGCUUUUGAAUACAAGUAGAUUUCUGCAAAAACACCACAUUUUGAGCAAAAAGCAGAGAUAAUUCCAUUUUUGUCACGGACUUUUCAUAGAGAUCCCAUUCAGAGCAAUCUUUAAAACAGACACGGACACGCAGCCACUUGCCAUAGGGCAAUACUUCCGGGUUUAAAAAGUUGCGGAAGGGCGCCACCUGGUGGAUAAUAGCGGUAUUGAGGAAAGCCGGAAAUACUCGUCAUUGGCAGGGAAGCGUUUUCUCUUGAUUGACGAGAUAUCUCGUCAAUGGCGGCGAAAGAGUUAAUGACUCACCUUAAUGUCGUUCCAGUCUCGUAAGACCUCCGUUCAUCUUCGGAACACAGUUUAAGAUGUUUUAGAUUUAGUCCAAGAGCUUUCAUCGAAAAUACAUUUUGGUCCAAAAAUAACAAAAAUUAUGACUUUAUUCAGCAUUGUUUUCUCUUCCGCGUCUGUUGUGAAGACAGACUAAAGUCACGUGACUGCAGUGACGCGGAUGCCGUACGACGCGGCUGACGUGUUAUCUGGUGCGCCCCAACUGUUUUUUUUUGCGCCCGGGCUUCGUUUAUAGUCUGAGGGGCGCAGUAAGUUUAAAAAAACCUUUGCAAACAUGUCUGAGGAUAACACGUCAUCUGCGUCACUGCAGUCACGUGACUUUAGUCUCAUGCGCUUCACAACAGACGCGAAAGAGAAGACAAUGCUGAAUAAAGUCGUAAACUUUGUUAUUUUUGAUACAAAAUGUAUUUUCGAUGCUUCAACACAUUCUACCUGACCCACUGAUGUCACAUGGACUACUUUGAUGAUGUUUUUAAUACCUUUCUGGACAUGGACAGUAUACCAUACAUAGAUUUUCAAUGAAGGGUCAACAAGCUCGUGGACUAAAUAUAAAACAUCUUAAACUGUAUUCUGAAGAUGAAUGGAGGUCUUACGAGUUUGGAACGACAUGAGGGUGAGUCAUUAAUUACAUUAUUUUCAUUUUUGUGAAAACUAUUCCUGUAAUGUCUUUAUGUCAGUUUAAUGUUUAAAAUGGUCCACAAGUGUGCGUUUCACAUAUUUACAGUAAUGCGUCAUGCAGCUAGUGCAAUACGAGAAGUUGAGGUUUAAAAUACUUUUUUUGGGGGGGUGGAUGAAGAUGAAGAUCGCCAGAUUCCCCUUUGAAAUUGCAAUUUUAAACUGCAUUGAAACUGUUGAGGUCCACAAUAUGGGAAAAAUCCUGAAAUGUUUUCCUCAAAAACUUUAUUUUAUCUCGACUGAACAAAGAAAGACAUAAACAUCUUGGAUGACAUGGGGGUGAGUAAAUUAUCCGUUUUUUUUUUAUAAAAGUGGAGUAAUCCUUUAAAUGCAGUCAUAGUCUGUGUAGAUGCAGCACUUCAUAACUCUGGUACAUACAGUACAGUUUAACAGACAGUUCACCCCUCAAUGUGAGAAAUAUCACUUCACCCUGGACGUUUAAUCUAUAGCGAAAUUGAUUUUACUGCCAUCUUCCUACAAUGCAAGCAGCUUAGGGUGCUUAAGCCCACCUCACGUGGACCACAUACUUCAAGACACACCCAAAGAAGAGAUGGGCGGCCAUGUCUGUAUCCACCUAAAGAAAAUCAAUGAUACGAGAAUAUUUGUGUGUGCGCGUUUCUCUCUGGUUACACUAAGCAGAAAAUCAAUCGAGGACUUGUUUUGUAACGCUCGAGACGGUUUGUUUGUAUUUCUCUCUCUUUCUGUAUCUCUGCGGGUCUGCAGUAGGGGGAGAGGUCCCGCGUAAUGUGCUGCGGUCUCACUAAUGGAAAGUUGCAGAAGUACAUCGAUUCAGUCUGCUGCGGUCAGAGGUGAAUGGCUCGUGUCAGUGAAGUGUCUGCUCGCAGCUAGUCUGAUCCGUCUUGUUUGCCUAUUACCGAAACACAAAUAGCUUUAAUAAACAUCUCAUAAUGAAAUAUUGAGCUGGAUGUUUAAUUAACAUGCCAGCAGAGAUUAUUGCGAGCUAUGUGUUAUGUGUUGUAGAUGCUUUCUAACCACAGACUGUAAAAAAGAUGAAUGACGUGUCUCAGUGCCGGCCCGAGCCUCUUGGGGGCCCUAAGCAGAAUUUGUUUGGGGGCCCCCCUCCCACCAAUUUUUUUUAAAUAAAAAAAAUAAAUUAUAAUCCUUUAUAAAAAGAACAAAGUUGCACAUUAAGUUAGGGCUAAAAUUAGCAUUAGGUACAUAUAUCAAAUCAAAUAAAUCAUAACACUGUCUUUAUUGUAUGAAUUAAAUAUAAUUAUUUUUUUUUUAGAGCUACAGAAGUGAUUUUCUCUUUGUCUUGGAUUGUUUGAUUAACAUUAAUGACACAGACUUAAGUAGGUUAAUUGAGGUUACUCUCUCUUUAAGUGAAGCACGGACCUGCUUUCUGCCUAAUCUAUACAUAAACCUAAGACAUAAACAAAUGUUUUUAUUAGAAAAGAGUACUGUGGAGAUCAUUUUGUUUGUAUGUGCCCUGUCAAGAACAGAAAGAUUUUAUGUUCGCUUGCUUUCUGAAACGCGUCUCUCCAUGUGUGCACUACUUCUUUCUCUUUUCGGCACCAGAGGGAUACAUCCUUUGUGACAUGGCUUGUUAUUUAUUACAGCACUUGCACACAUUGUCAAUGCACGCGAGGUGUCUAUACUGCGCAUGACUCAAACGUUAACACUGCAGACACGUAGCAGUUGUCGCCAAAUCAGAAUUUUCUAUUCAUUUAUUCAUUCGUACUCAUUCAUUCAUUAAUUUAUUUAUAUUACUUGUUUAAGUUAUUUAAUUGUAAAAAAAAUUGGGGGGCCCCCUGCUUAGUUCGCUUAGGCCUCAGGCCGGCUCUGACGUGUCUCCAUAGACUUCAUUGUAAGAAAUGAAGGCAAAAUAUCUUCUGAUGACAUCUUUGGAGGAGUGACUGUGAGGUAAAGCUGCAGUAUCAAGGCCCCGCCCAUUUUCCCACUUGAAAGUACAUUAACGUGAAACAUUUUUUUGAAGUUUGACAUUGAGGUUGGGGUAUGUGACUUAUACUGCAGUCAGCCACCAGGGGGUUGACUGCAAAAUGUUUUGGAUUUACUUUUCAGGACCUGUGUGGUAUGCCUGGUGAGUCUUUAUAUGUCAAUUUUCACUGUCAACCAAGUUUAAAUGUAUUGGCAAAAACUCAUUGUUUGUAUGCGUGUUACUUCUAAAUUGCUGUUCUCCGGAGAGUGUUUACAUCGAAGACCUGCGCAAAGGCGCCAUUAAAAAACAAACAAACAGACUGCAUUAGAUUCCCAAAUUGCAAAACUAAAUGCACUCAUACAAAGACCUCAUACUGUUAUGUAAAAUACACUUACGAAUUGCUGCCCAUACCUGUAUGCCUUCCUGUGGAUUCUUAUCACAAAAAAUCCUUUUAGAGCAUAAAAUAAAAUAAAAGUCCUAUCCGUACGGUUCACGUCAUGCCGUGUUUUCACACGUUGUUACCAAUUGCGUAAAAAACGCUAUCUUACUCCAUUAAAUCUUGGAGAAAACAACAGUUGCCAACUUGUUUGUAAACCGAAUAUAGAGGAACGAAUUUUAGCACUUUAAUUGACCUGUUUAGACCUCUAAUAUGAGAUUUCUGUUGUUUAUUUUUUUGACCGGGCAGAUUUACUGUCCUUUUAUGUGUUUAAACUUAUUUUAUUUGGCUAUUUAUGUGUUUUAAUGUUUUGUCCCUGUGUGUGCUCCAGUGGAAGGUGUGAGACUUUAAUAAAGUAAAGAAAUAACAUA